AAGUGGUGUGCUGCCUGAGUACAAGGGAAACGCUGUAAAAAAUAAAUGUGGGACACCGCUGAGUGGAAUCAACAGCAGAUCCUUCAUCAGCAAAGAACCGAGCACAGCAUAUACAAGCGCAGAGAUUAUGGCCUGUUGUUUAAAGGCUAUAAAAGAGUAAAAUAGUGAGCUGUUGUUGGAAACAGGGAACGGGAGCUUCCUACUCUGCCCUGCCCGCCUGCCUGCCUGCUGGGUUUGAUGAAUGUGGUUUUAGGGAAUUCAUUCGGGACAGAGUUCCAAUUAAGGAUUCUGGAUUUUGAAAUGGGACAGAUCUCCAAUUAGAGUAUUUUGGAAAUUGGUCUGGAAACUAAUGCACACCUGGAAAAACCCCACUGGGAUUUAGUUAAUACAGCUGCUUCACUCAGCGGAUCUGUACGUGUGACAUACAUUUUUUCAUGUCUGGAUCUUCAGCAAUGGAGAAUUAACACUGCAGAAAGACCAAAGGUGCUGAUACGAGUCUAUACGGGUGAAAUUUUGGGUCCGUUCCCAGAAACAUUAAGCUGGAAAGAUUUUGGAUGGGGCACACACAGUGCAUCUCCAGAUCAGCAGGGACUGAACAGAUUUUGGUACAGAGGGGCAACUGCGGGCUGGAUGCUCCAGGCCAGCCGCUGCCCGAACCCCCCGGGCCCAGAGCGCUGCAUGGCCAAGAAAUCGUUCCCAACAUUCAACCCGAGAAAUCACACACCGCCGUCCAAGUGAAGGACCGCGAGCUGGAGCCAAAUAGAGUGGAAUCGUCAGAGCAUGCCAAGAGAUUGCAGAAAGCUAUGACUCACCUUAAUGAGUCUGGCUGGUACUGGGGAUCCAUAACAGCUGCGGAGGCCAAAGAGCUUCUGAACGGGGCUCUGGAUGGGGCGUUUCUGCUGCGGGACAGCUCCAACCCGGGUUAUCUUCUCACCUUGUCCGUCAAAACCUCUCUGGGCACCACCCACUUGCGUGUAGAGUAUUCAGGUGGACAGUUUGGCUUUGAUUCCAUGGUGAUGGCUCGUCCUCACCUGCGGCAGUUUAAAGGUGCGGUGGACCUGGUGCAGUAUUACGCUCUGGCUUACCAGCGGCAGGCCGCUCACGGGGAGCCAGAGAUGGACUGUAGAGUGCAGGACACUCCCGCACCCCAGGCAGCCUCAGAAACCACCCUGCAGCUGAAACUGACCAGGCCACGCCACAAAACGACCCGCAGUUUACAGCACUUGUGCCGAGUGGUCAUAAAUCAGCAUUCGCGAAACCACAGAGAUUUACCUUUGCCUGAGAGACUCAAAGACUUUCUGCUGGAAUACCCUUUUGUACUGUAGACUCGAAACUGAAAAUCUGACUUCAUUCUAAUGUGUAGCUCAUUUCUACACAAAUAAAAUAUCUCACAUUCGCACUAUUAUUGCCAAAUAGAAGAUAACUGAACUUAGUAAUAUGAUGUAGGAAAUGGUGCACGCAUUCAAAUCAUGCAAAUUCAGUACAGUGACACAAAAGGCAUUAGACACACUAUGGUGUUAAAGGAGAACUCCAUCAGUUUUUCAAACUUUUGACGUAAUUCAGUGGUAAACAGAGUCAUUCAGAGGGGUUUGAUGUGAAAUGGUUCAGACGUCUUUACAGUGGUGGUGAUAGGAACCAGGGGUCAUCAUGACUACAACACAAAUAUAGACAUUUUAUUUACUAUCCAAAACCACCAGUGAACCUACACGAGUCUUUUGAGUUUUAUAUGGAAAGUUGAUGUUGGUACAAUAAUGGAAAAUCUGAGAAAAUACAUUUUUAAUGUACUAUUGUGUCCUGCACAUAUUUUUGCCAAUUGAUUUUAAAAAGCAAAAUUUUAGGCCAAACUAUAACAAAACAAUUUCUCAAGCAUCAAACAUUGUAUUCAUAAUCAUUUCAUGUAAAAACUUGCUGUGAAGGAGCUUUUAGAGGUGGAUGUGAACCUAGUGAACCUACAUAUGUCUGCUCAGUUUUAUAUGGAAUGUUGAUGAUAAAAUAGUGGAAA